GUAAAGAUAAUAUAGUAUUUUUAAAAUUAAAAAAAUAUUGUAGUUUGUCUUUGUUAGCAUUUAUAAUCAAAGAUUUGAAGGAACUAUUAUUCGUUUUUAUUGCUUCGCUUCUUUGAUGAUCACUUUAUUAUGGAGAAUUGAAUUAUUGUUACAUUACAAUUGAACAGCGUCGUGUUUAAUAAUAUUUUUAGUUUUCAUUCCUUUCAAGUGUUUUUUGUUAUCUGGUCAAAUUGUGACAACCUUACUUUUGAAGCAGAUUUGCUAUCUCCUUAAUAUUACGCCUCCCGUCUGCUGGCCGCUUUGACAACUAAUAGGAAGCAGGGCAUAGUGAUCAAGGAAUGCCCCACACCAACAUUUGUGGUUUAUUUACCUUAACUUAGCUCGAUAGAAAUUAUUGAAUUUCAUGUGUAAUUAUUCGCAAAUGACAAAAGCGGCCUCGCCGUCUUCCAGAUAAAAAACCUUUUUAGGUAAAUAGUUAGGUUAACUACCAGUGUACCUGUUUAAAAAUCUGGUGUGCUUUAAAUUACAGUUUAAUACCUCUUUGCUACCCCUCACACCACGAUUAUCUAGUUACAUCUCACCUUUAUAACUGGUUUAUAAUCGAUAAUUACCUUCAUCUUGCAUAUUUAUUUAUCUCCGACGACCAAUAAAAGAAUUUGGUUUCCUGGAUAAAAUAGUACCUUAUUUUCCUUUUUACUCCAUAAAUUUGUUAUUUUUCCAACAGCGCGCAUAUGUGAUUGAAACAUAAACUGUGAAGUUCUUUCAUUCGUAAUCAGUUUUAUUACGAACCCGGGAUGUUGUUUUACAAGGGUAUGAUUUUGACCUCUUAUCCCGUGUACAUCAAUCAGUCUUGAACUUCAUCUGUAAUUUCAAAGCGAGCACAACACAGCAUCCUAUUAUAUGAAAACAAUCGAUCAAUAACCAGGUUAAUCUGGCUUCUAAAAAUGUCCACAACAUUGUUACAUUCCAUGUCCAUACCAGUAUGUCUGACUCCAGGGUUGUUACUAUUUUGGGCUCUGCCCAAUCUGGUGAGGUCACGUGAGCCCACGAUGAGUGGGUACGGUAGGCCAGACGGGCAGGGCUUCGAAGGUCUCCUCCAGCCAGCUAAUUACAGUAAGUUCGACAGACCCCAUGCGGAAGCGGUGGACUUGACGGUGCUGAUCCACCUGGAGAGUAUGAGAGACAUCUCCUCGGAUGCCUCGAUGGACUUCUACCUCGUCCAGUUCUGGCAGGAUCCCCGCAUACAACCAAUCAAGUCACAACUCAAGGUCACCGGUCGCAUGCUUCCAAAUGACGUGUGGUAUCCGGAUACUUACUUCCUGCUAGUGCGAGACCUAAUCUACAGUGACGAGGAGCAGUACAUUGUGGUCAGUCAGGAAGGGUCAGUUGAGUACAACAGGAAGGUCAAACUCAGCACCCCCUGCUCCCCCAAUGUCAUGCUCUUCCCGUUCGACGUCGUCAGGUGCACUUUAGUUCUGACGAGUUUCGGCUACACGAGCAGAGAGGUGAACUACACUUGGUUCCGACAGGACGGCGGCAGUGGCUGCUACAUCGACCGGAAGAACAACAACGUCGACCACCUCGGCUUCUACCUGAUGGGGGUUGAGUUGAAGAGCGGCCAGAGCAUCUACGGGGGGGCUAAUUACUCCACUUUGGAAACUGUCAUCUAUCUCAAGAGAAAGUACUCUGCUUACGUCAUGCAGGUGUACUUCCCGGCCGCGCUGAUUGUGAUUCUGAGCUGGACUAUAUUCUGGAUCAACCUGCACGCGACACCCGCAAGAGCCAGUCUGGGAGUGACCACCGUCCUCACUAUGCUCACCCUAGCUACUCAAAGCACAGCUCAUAACGAGAAACACGUGAACAACAAAGUGACUGCAAUCGACAUCUAUCUCUGGGUGUGCUUCGUAUUCGUCAUAUUCGCCAUGAUAGAAUUCGCACUAUCGGAUUUCACGACUCACAGACACCUAGACGACAUGUCACUCACGCUACGCGCCUCCGGCUCAACGAGUCCGUCGUCGGGAGCUCAGAGGACAAGCGACAGCAACAAUUGCAUCUUACUGGUCAAUCAGAACGCCAAUCACCCUAGAAGACAACUUAAUUCGACGACAAAUAUUAGUAGCAAGGAUCUGUCGUCUUUCUCACAUUCCAGCAACACUACCAAUUUGCACAGAAGGAGAAUUAAGAAUAACCCGAUCAGACCACGACAAAGUUCAUUUGAGAUGAAGAACCGCUCCAAAGUUAACGGCAGGUACACUUCGGCCCACAAGCAGUACAAGCAAUGCAAUGGCUACCACGCUGUUGGCGAGUCCGACAGGGAUUCGAACCGCCGCCGUCAGUCAGAGAGCGUACAACACUCCAUCUUAGACGAACGGCAAGCAGCAUGUAAAAAUAAAGAGAUCGGAAAUCAAGAAAACGGGAAUUUUUCAAAUUUCAGUUCCUUCGAAGGUGACAAUCUGUUCACAGUUCACGAAGAAGAAAGUUUCGUUCUAGAAGCCGACUGUGUCAGUAAUCCGAAUGAGGAGAAACGGAAAAUUCAUUCUUUGAACGUAAUUAAUAACAUCGCGCGUGUACUUUUCCCAGCUCUAUUCCUUCUAUUUAAUGUAGUUUAUUGGUCGACUCUAGUGGGAAUGAUUUGGACCAAUGAGUCAUACCAGUUGUCGUCUUUCUUCACAUCUCUAGAAGGUCCAAAUUAGCCCACUUUUAGCUCCGCCGCUGCAUCUGCGAAUGAACAAAAAGUUCUGAGUUGAAUUGAAAUGAAAACUGAAGAAGUGAUGAAAGUUCUGAGUUGAUUGAAAACUAGUAGUUUUUUGCUGCACAUAUUGCAUACUUUUGUAUAAAAUCAUGAAGAUAAUGAAGUACAAUAGAUGAACUGAUGAGAUUUAGUUAGAAAUUCCGUAAAACAAUAUU